AUGUCGAGCGGCGUUCCAGUACCAUUAGCCCAUGUGGCUACUGAAGAUAAGGUGGACGGUAAGAAGGAAAAUAUCGACACGAAUGGUAAUAUUCAGGAUGUCAAAAACGGCGGCAAAGGGCAAAACAAUAAUGCUAAAGGAUCGCGUCGUUCACGCAUUACCGAUGAGGAACGUCGUAUUGCUUGGGAAAUAGAACAGGCGAAAAAACCCGUUCUUGAAAAGGGAGUAAAGGGUAGAGUCAAGUGGUACAGUGUCCGCUAUCAUUACGGGUUUAUCGCACGUGAUGAUGGCAAAGGAAACGACGUAUUUGUGCAUCAGACAGCUAUUGCAAAAUCGCGGAUUAUUAAGUAUUACCUGCGUACUCUAGGGGAUGGCGAAGAAGUUCUUUUCGAUAUUGUUGAGGGAAAGCAAGGACCUGAAGCCGCUAAUGUUACCGGACCAAAUGGUGCUGAGGUUCGUGGUAGCAGAUAUCACAAUUUUCGGUUCUAUGGUUUCCGUCGCAUGGCAUACAAUCGUGAAAGAGUUCAUCGAGAAAACAAAUAUCGUCAUGAUGAGCAGAACCGCAAAUUAAACGAAAAGCAAGAAGGUGACAAUGCAGACCUAAAGAAGCCAAAUGCUGAACGCCGUCGACGUAUUCGUAAUUUUAGAGCUCGCCGUCCGCCAGUUACUGCGAAGAAAUCCAUUGGUGGUGGAGACCAUGGUGAAGGUGAAGAUGGCGGUGGAGAUUCGAAGAAGGAAAAUAAUCAUAGCGGCAUGAGCAAUGGCACUUACAGUGAAGGCCGUGGAGAUGUUCGUCAGUCAACACGCAAGAAUGGUGCAACACGUCGUCGCUCAGCGGCUACGGAUGCGAGUCAAUCUGAAACGGAAGCCAUGGAGAAGGAAAUUAAGAAUGCUUCUAAUGCUGCUGUAGGAGGUCAAUAA